GAGAGAGAGAGAGAUAUGCUUCUCUUCUUGAAAUCUUUAUCAAGAACAGUCCAUGAAGUCCAUGAUGAGCAGGAGUACAAGAGCGAGAGUGACAGCCCAAGCAUAUCACUGACGGUAUGGAGAAAAUCUCUCCUUUUUAGCUGUCACGGUUUCACGGUGAUCGGCUCCGGUGGAAAUCUAGUCUUCAGAGUUGAUAAUUACACCGGACGGUCAAAUGAUGUCACUCUCAUGGAUGGUUCAGGGAAACCCAUCCUUACAGUAUGCCGUCGCAAGAAGCUAAGGCUGGUAGAUAACUGGCUUGUCUAUGAAGGAGAAGUUGGAGACGACACUGGUACAAAGUCAUCAAAGAAGCCAAUAUGCUGUGUGAGGAAACACAUUAAUAUCCUACAACCCAAUCUCAAUGUACUCGCAUAUGUUUAUCAUGGGCCAUCAGAAAAGAGAUAUGCCUACGUGAUUGAAGGAUCAUAUGCACAUCGAUCAUGCAAGUUGUUGGAUGAAUCAAGGAGGGUGAUGGCGGAGAUCAAGAAGAAAGAAGCCAUGAUCGGCGGCGUUACUUUCGGGUUAGAGGUGUUUCUUUUGAUCGUACAACCAGGAUUCGAUCUUGGGUUUGCCAUGGGGAUUGUUUUGCUACUUGAUCAAAUGUUUACAUGA